AUGGAGGAGUUAACAAAGUUUUUGGAGUAUCAUGUUGAAGUUGAUCCAGAAAAAGCCGAAGAACUAGAUCAGACUAAAACUGAAACUGAAAAUUAUGUGACCAGAAUCUUGAAGCUUGUCAAGGAUCAAGAUGAAUGGAGAAAAGAUGGAAUCACAAAAGAUCCAAAGAAAGAGUCAGAACUUGUUGGACUCAUCGAGAACUUUUACAAAAGGUACAAAUCACUCUAUGCCAUGUAUGAUCAUCUUAGAAGAGACUUGGAUACAGGAGUUCAUGGCAGAGAAGAGGAAAAUUUUCCUUUGUCUCCUUCAAGCUCGGACUCAGAAUAUUAUUCCUCAGACGAAAUAGAUGGUAAUAAUGGCAAAUUGGAGAAUGAAAAUCAGGAGCUGGCAGGCAGCAUCAUGCAAGCACUUGAAACUGAAGAAUUUGAAGUUGCUGAUCCAAAUCAUAAGUUGUCCUCUACUGAAGCAAAAAAGGAAUAUUUAAAUUCAGACCACAUGGCAGCAAUGUGCAAAAUUCAAGAAGCUGAGAAAAUCAACAAAAAUCUGAGGGUUGAAGCUGAUCAAAGAGAAAGAGAAUUUUUGGCUAUUGUAAAGGAGUAUGAGGAGCAUAAAACUCAAGCAUCAGGUAGGAUAAGGGAAUUAAAGAGUCAGUUAACUGGCUUGAAAUUUGAAGUUGAAUCCUUGCAUGACCAGAAAAGAAAUAUGAAAGCACAUAUUCAAAGCAAAGCAUCUGAAGCUACGCAGCUAAAAGAGACAAAUAUUGGAUUGCAUGCCCGGAUUUUGCAACUUGAGUUUUUGUUAAAAGACAAAGGAGAUGAAGUAGCUAGCCUCCUGGAGAAACUCGAAGAUAGUGAGAACUAUUCUUCACUGAAAAUUGCAGACUUGAUAGAGGAAAAGGAAGGGCUGCAUGCUAGAAAUCUUGAAUUGGAGAGUGCAUUCACAGAGAGGGGACACGUGAUUUCUGCUCUUCAAAAGAAAUAUAAAAUUAAAGAGAAUGAAGCCUCCACUCAAUUUAUGACCUUAUCAGCACAAAUUAACAAUCUGCAACAGGAUUUGGAUUCUUUGCAGACUCAGAAAACCCAGUUGGAGUUACAAAUUGAGAGAGAUAAACAAGAAUCAUGUCAAAGACUGACCCUUGUAGAAAGUCAAAACUACGAAUUAAUAAGCAAGUUUGGAGAUGAGAAGAGAACUUUGAAAGAACAGGAAAUCACUAAAAACAAGAAAAGUCUACACUUUGCAGAAAGGAAGAUAGAAGAACUAGCAGAAAAGGUCCGCAAUAAUAUUGAGGAUAAUAUCCGUCUGUUGUGCCAAAGAGUCCUGGUCAUAGAACAUCUACACAGUGAAAACAAAGACAACUACAGGAUGACAAAAGAGAAGUAUGAGCAAGAGAUUAGAGUACUUGAAGCCAAGACUGCAACUUAUGGAGCUGAGAUAACAAAGAUGAGGGCUAUAGUGGAAGCAGCACACAAUACAUUGAGUAUAUCAGACCUGGUGGUCAAUAAGCUUGAGGUGGACAACAUCAAUGUUCUUAAUCGUAUUAACAAGAUGUCAAAUGAGCUUCAGCAUGCAAAGGAAUGGGUGACAGAGAGAAAUAAAGAAAUGAAAGCACUGAAGGUUUAUACAGAUUGUUUAGUUGCCCGACUUGAUGACAAGGUAGAACAGGAAGUCUUGUUAAGAGAGAAGGUUUGGAAUUUGGAAGCAAAGGAAAACAAGGAAGCAGAGGAAAAGCUGAAUCUGAAGAAAGCCAUUAGCCAACUUGAAAAGAAGGUGGGGGAAUUGGAGAAGAGUAUUAAAGAGAAGGAUGAGGAAUUGUUGAGUUUAGGGGAGGAGAAGAGGGAGGCCAUAAGGCAGCUCUGUGUCUUGAUUGAUUACCAAUAUAGCCGUUAUGAUCAUCUCAAGAACUUAAUGUCAAAGAUGACCGCUAGAGGAGGAACAAGAACUUAGGACGGCUGUAAUAACUAUUUUGUUUUGUUUUGAUAAUUUGAUAGUUACCAUAGAGAAUGAGUACCAACCAAUUAAGUUACAUGAUUAUUGG